CGUCACUCCGGGGACUCCGCCCUGCCAGGAACGCUCCUCCUCAAGCGGGGACAGGCCCAAGCGCCUCCCCCGCAGGAAAACUGCCCAUCCUCCCUCUAGGGUAGACUGCUUCUCCAGUAGAGUCGGCUUAAAGCUCCCCCCAGGGAUCCGCCCCGCCUCGUCGCCCACAGAGAGCCCGCCUCUCCCCGAGGGGCAUGUGCCCCUCGUCCUCCAGUUUCCCCUUGAGGAGGGAGAGAGAACGUGCUGCACUGCGCCCCCAGGUUCAACCUCCAACCCGGUCCCUCCCGAAGAAUGGAUUCCUCUUCUCCUUCUCCUCCCCUGCCUUAUGGGAGCCUCUUCCAGUCCACAGAACCCAAAUCGAGGUUACUAAUGAGCUCCCCUUCUUUGUGCCCAGGGGACCCCUCUCGGCCUCAGGAUCAGCUCCCCUGAGCUUGGCCCAUGGCCCCGCCACCCCUGGGACUCGGCCCCAGCCAUCUCACCACCCACGCCAGGGGGCGGGGCUCCCACGGCCCGGCCCCAGGUGGGCGGUUCUGUCGUGACGUCACUUCCGCCCGGGCCUGGCCGAGGUUCGGGCUCCGUGGGCCGAGGCGGGGGUACGGAGGUGGCAGCUGUGGGAGGAGGCGGCGUGGAAGGCCGAGGAGCUCGAGCCCGGACCAAUCCCCGAGUUCCGGGCCGCGACCCUGACCCUGCAGCGCACCGGGAAGCGAAACCGGCCGGAUGGGCCGCUGAGCCCGAAUCGGGCACUGUGUGGAGCCCCCUGGAGCUGAGAUCAGGAUGUUCCGCUUCAUGAGGGAUGUGGAGCCUGAGGAUCCCAUGUUCCUGAUGGAUCCCUUUGCUAUUCACCGUCAGCACAUGAGCCGUAUGUUGUCAGGUGGCUUUGGAUAUAGCCCCUUCCUCAGCAUCACAGAUGGCAACAUGCCAGGGACCAGGCCUGCCAGCCGCAGGAUGCAGCAGGCUGGAGCUGUCUCCCCCUUUGGGAUGCUGGGAAUGUCGGGUGGUUUCAUGGACAUGUUUGGGAUGAUGAAUGACAUGAUUGGAAACAUGGAACACAUGACAGCUGGAGGCAAUUGCCAGACCUUCUCAUCUUCCACUGUCAUCUCCUACUCCAAUACGGGUGAUGGUGCCCCCAAGGUCUACCAAGAGACAUCAGAGAUGCGCUCGGCACCAGGCGGGAUCCGGGAGACACGGAGGACUGUUCGGGAUUCAGACAGUGGACUGGAGCAGAUGUCCAUCGGGCAUCACAUCCGGGACAGGGCGCACAUCCUCCAGCGCUCCCGAAACCAUCGCACGGGGGACCAGGAGGAGCGGCAGGACUAUAUCAACCUGGAUGAGAGUGAGGCCGCAGCGUUUGAUGACGAGUGGCGGCGGGAGACGUCCCGAUUCCGGCAGCAGCGCCCCCUGGAGUUUCGGCGGCUUGAGUCCGCAGGGGCGGGGGGACGAAGGGCGGAGGGGCCUCCCCGCCUGGCCAUCCAGGGACCUGAGGACUCCCCUUCCCGACAGUCCCGCCGCUAUGACUGGUGAGGGCCCCGGGCCCUCAGCCUCUCUUGUACAGGCUGAGAGGCUGAGAAAUCAUCCCCUGAAUAACUUUUUCCUCUCUGAUUCCCAUCCCCAAUUUAAUAUUAAAUUAACAGGCAAGCCGGCCCCCACCUCUCCCUGGGGGUCUCAGGGAGAACCUUUCACGGCACCCUUUCCCUACCUUUUCCUUCUUUAAUCUCCUGGUUUACCAUGAUGACUUCGCCUCUGCAUCUACUAACUUGAUUUUUCAUUCUGCUGCUCCAUCUUCAAACCCCCUCACCUUUCCCAUUCUACUCCUGCCAUGCAUUGAAGGGUCAGUGCAUUUUGGGGUGAGCUCUGGGUUUAGGGGCCUCCUCCAUCCCUCAGCUACCCUGGAUCUUUGCCCACCUCUUCCUCAGAGCCCCCACUGAGGGGCUGUAGCCCUAUCUAGGGCUGUGGAAGGAGCAGACUGGUUCCUAACUCCCUCCUCCUGCCCACACACAUCAAAAGAAUCUUCCCUACACUCUUCUCUGCCUUUAUUUUUUGAUUUGUGCAACUUGUAACUAGGUGUUUAUGAAAUAAAGUAGAAUGGAAAAAAGACCAA